AUGCCACUUCCAAACAAAGGAGGAGAGCCAGAGUUCAAGUUGAAAGUGGAGCCAGCUGAUAUGAUAAUCAUCAAAUAUAAGAUGAAAUCAGAAUCACAUGUUCCGCUGAAUAUAACGAAUCCAACCAAAGAUCGCGUCUGUUAUAAAGUCAAAUGCACUGAUAAUGAAAUCUUUCGUGUCCGUCCACCACUUGGUUUUGUGAAGUCUGGAGAAACUGCAUCGGUUACAAUCACUCUGAAACCAAAAUCUGGAAUUGACCCGAAUCGGCAUUUCUUCGCCAUUUAUCAUGUUGCAUGUGUUGAUAAAACUGAUCCGAAAAAGAUAUGGAAUGUGAAUACUAAACCAGAUGGAGUUAUUAGAAUGCAAGUACAACUGGAAUGUGAUGAGAAAGAAAAAAAUGAAGAGAAAGAGAAAAAAGAUGAAAAGAAAGAGGAAAAGAAAGAUGAGAAAAAGGACGAGAAGAAAGAUGAAAAGAAAGAUGAAAAGAAAGAUGAAAAGAAAGAUGAAAAGAAAGAAGAUGAAGAGAAUAAAGAAGAGAAAAAAGAGUGA